AUGACUUUUAAACAUUUUGCUAACACAUUUGUAAGGAAACAAUAUAUGAAUGGAAUUUCUCGAAUGGUAUUAAGUCAUGAAUUUUCCUGUGCUGCACCUGGAAAAAUUUGUAAAACCAAGCAACUUAAACAGAUGUUGGAAUCUCCUAAAUUAGAAUUCAUCAUGGAAGGUCAUAAUGGGCUGAGUGCUCGAAUUGUGCAAGAAGCAGGUUUUAAAGGAAUCUGGGGAAGUGGACUGUCAAUUUCUGCCCAACUUGGUGUCAGAGAUAGCAAUGAAGCUUCAUGGACCCAAAUCUUGGAUGUUAUGGAAUAUAUGUCUGAUGCUACUGAUAUUCCUAUUCUUCUGGAUGCAGACACUGGAUAUGGAAACUUUAAUAACGCUCGUCGACUGGUUAGAAAAUUGGAAGAGCGAGGAGUGGCAGGUAAGUUACUCUUUUUAUUUGUUUUAUUUUUUAAGAGAAAGUUUUGUUUGACUAUCACAAUAUGA